ACCUGUCCGAGUGCCAGCUGAUGCAGGUGCCCGACGCCGUGUAUCACCUCAUGCGCCACACGCCGCUCACGACCUGCAACCUGUCGGGGAACGUCAUCACCAAGCUGCCGCCCAAGUUCGCAGUCAAGUUCAGCCUUAUCACAGAGCUCAACGUGUCCCACAACCAGAUGAGCAAACUGCCAGACGAGCUGAGCGACCUCGCGGAGCUGCACACCCUCGACAUCAGCCACAACGCCUUCAUCACCCUGCCGAGGGUCGCCUUCAAAAUGCCCAAGCUGGCCAACCUCAACGCCAACCACAACCGCAUCAUUGAGGUGGAGGUGGAGCGGAUACGCGAGGCGCCGUCGCUGGUGGAGGUGGACCUGACCGACAACCCCGUGCUGCCCGACGUGCAGCAGGCCCUGAAGGCGGUGGAGGGUCCCCGGGUGCUCCUCAGCGAGCGGGAGAAGGAGGACUGGGAGGACCUCACCGUCUAGCCUCCUACUCAGCUCCCCGCCUGUCUCGUCCCGCCUGCGGGGAAGUCCGAGCGGGCCGUCCCAUGUUCGGUCUCCGACGGAAACGCCCGGCUGGACUUCCAAGAUUGGGUGGGACGACACGGACCCGGCAUCCAGCUGUGCAAAGGACUUCCCCUCUUGUUGAGGGAUACAUUGCCGAGGCUGUACGACCGCUCAAUCCAAGGGUGCUUCACUGUGUCAGUCAGAUCCAGUGCUAUUCCUGGAAUAUUAUGCAGGCCUCUGUGCAAUCCUAGUUAUUUCUGAAGAAGAAUAGGUCAAACAAGGAUGGUAUACUGAAGCAUGCUCCAUAGACUCGAUAGUGAAUGACUCUUGACACUCAACACCCCACAUUGCCAACUAGCUUUUUCUAUCUGAUCAAAAACCACCACACUGAGAAUUUAGGUCUUGGUUUGAUGUGCUAAAAAUAUGCCUUUUUUUAUCAUAAUUUAGUUCCCAGUCGUGAAAUGGCUAAACAAAAGUCAGCCUUACUGUAGUUGUUACAAAAGUACCUAUCAUAGACUUUUAUAACAAAUAGAGUCAUAUAUGUGAAGGUGAUCUCUCUCACAGAGCUAAUGAUCUCCAGUAAAGUGUGAUUACCGAGGCAAUUAAACAGGGUCGUUGAGUGCAUUAUGAUUGAAGGUCACACGUCAAACAAAUAAGAGUUGCCUGUGAUUGCUAUAAAACCAAAUUGCAGCUUAUUUAGAUUUUUUGUUCACACCUUCUCUAUAGAUAAAGGAGGUGCUAUUUGUCACUGUGAAUUAGCGUUUUCUAUGUUGUGUGUAUUGUAGUGUUUUGUAUAACUUUAAGUAGUAUAGUCUUUUACGAGUGACAGUCAGUCCAUUGAUCUCCUAUUCUCAUUGCUCACAAAGUCUUUAGGCGAUGAGCCUGUUGUGUGCAGAGGAGUCUGGGUAAAUCUGCACCUGUUUCUUUUGAGAGUAACAGUCUGUAUGCUCUCUAAAUUAUAGGAAUACUUACAUAACUUGUAAGCCCUACUCUCUUUAAUUAAUCAUGAUAAAAAGUUCUCCGAAUUCCGUCCACAAUAAUGUCAGUUGACUGACUGACUGACUGACUGGUGGUGAGGAGUGUACUUGUACCAACUGAGGCUAGUCACUACAAAGCGAUAACAAAAGAUUUCUUGUAGAUAUUGUAAGUUAUAUACCUGUUAUGUAAACUUUUAGGUUGUUUUUAUUUUGUUGGUAAGAAAUGACAGCUGGUGAAUCCUGGUGCAGGCAAUCCAUGCUUAAAGAUCACAUCUUGAGACCUUUAUGCCACUGUCAGUCCUUUAUCCUGUAAUUAUAGUUCAAGUUCAAAGUUAUCAGCAGAGGUACAGGACAGCCCCUGCAGUUUGUGCCAAUGACGUGCCCAAACCUGCGAUCACUGGUUGCUAUUUGCAUUUCUUGUUGAUUUUUUUUUAUAUACCUUGAGACAUAUUAUAUAUUUAUUAAACAUAUUCCAGAAAGACUGGAUUUUAAUUUUUCUGCUAAUUUACAAUAAUAGAACUAUAAAUUCAAUAAGAUAAAGAUAGAACUCAAACUCAAUGCUCAUGAACAAAACUUGGAAUGAAAGGAGGACAUUGUCUAAGUCCUCCUCACUCAAAUGGUUAAAUUGAAAAUGGUUAAAUUGAAAACUUUUUUUUAUACCUAAUGCAAUGUGUCAAAAAAAUAUUUAAAAAGUACGUACUGACUUAAUUUUUGCAUGAAUGAUGAUUUUUUGAACAAUAUUUCAGUGUGUAGAAAUAGUCCUAUCAAUGCCACUUUGGAUUUGUUACCAUAAUACUAAUAAACUUUUGUACUUCAA